UCGUUUGGUGCAAAUGAGUGGUUCGCAGAACUGAAGUUCCACCGGUCAAAAUGUGUAAACCGAUCUUUUUCCCCAAAUUAACAGCUUCGUCGUGAAUGAGCUUCGUCCUGUAUUUGUGACCCAUGUUAUAAUUGAGCUUCUUUCUUCUCCGACCCUCUCAGAACUCGAUCUAGUGGAACUUCGAGCACUUGUGAUAUAGUUUUGGUAGCUCAAAUCAUCACAUAGUCCAAAGCAAAGACCUGCAAAAAGCUCUUAAUUCGACAAUCAAGUUGGUGCCACUAACUCAAGAGUUCUACACUGCUAGAGGUUGGGUUAAGCGAUUUGCCUCCUCUGCUCGUAGACGCUUACCAGGAACCAUGAAUCCUCAUUCCAAAUUCGUUCAAGUCUGGGCAAGAAUCUUAGCCUUUUCAAGCUUAGUGGCCAUUUUUAUAGAUCCUCUCUUCUUGUUCCUCUUUUCGAUCCAUCAUGAAAACAACUGCAUAGCUAUUGAUUGGCCUAAGACAAUAAAAUUGGCGUCUAUUAGAAGUAUAACGGAUCUUAUAUUCUUUAUGAACAUGCUGCUUCAGUUUAGGUUGGCCUAUGUAGCUCCUGAAUCUAGAAUAGUUGGUGCCGGCCAAUUAGUUGAUCAUCCAAGCAAAAUUGCUCGCCAUUACUUCCGAGGAAAGUUUUUUCUUGAUCUGUUCGUAGUGUUACCCAUUCCACAGGUUAUAAUGUUAUGGGUAAUACCAGUAUACUUGGGCAUACCUUCGGAAGAAUAUGAGAAACAGAUAUUAGGCGCUACGAUUCUUCUUCAAUACCUUCCAAAGUUAUGUAGACUCUUACCUUUUCUUGCUGGACAAACACCGACCGGCUUCAUAUUUGAGUCAGCUUGGACCAAUUUUGUUAUUAAUCUUCUAACCUUCAUGCUUGUUGGUCAUGGUGUUGGUUCUUGCUGGUAUUUUUCUGGUCUGCAGAGGGUUAAGGCAUGCUUGCUGAAUGCUUCGGAUAUAUCUGAGGAUGUACGUGGAUUUCUUAUCGAUUGUGAUAAUAGUAGAAGUUUUGCAUCGGAGUCAGAACAAGCUCUCUGGAGAAACAGUUCUAGUGUCAAUGCCUGUUUUCAAGAGGAUGGUAUUACGUAUGGAAUCUUUUUGAAGGCGGUGAAUCUUACCACCCAACAUAGCUUCUUCACUAGAUACAGUUAUUCCCUGUUUUGGGGAUUCCAACAAAUAAGCACACUUUGUGGAAACUUGACCCCAAGUUACUCAGUGGGAGAAGUUUUCUUUACAAUGGGUAUAAUUGGACUAGGGCUUUUGCUUUUUGCGCGGCUUAUUGGUAAUAUGCACAACUUCCUUCAAUCUCUCGAUCGAAGGAGGAUGGAGAUGAUGCUGAGACGGCGUGAUGUGGAGCAGUGGAUGAGCCACAGACUGUUGCCAGAAGAUUUAAGAAAGAGAGUGCGUGAGGCUGAGCGGUACAAUUGGGCUGCGACUAGAGGAGUUAACGAAGAGUUGCUCUUUGAGAAUAUGCCUGAUGAUCUCCAAAGAGAUAUAAGACGACACCUCUUCAAAUUUCUCAAGAAGGUGAGGAUAUUUUCCUUGAUGGAUGAAACAAUCUUAGAUUCCAUCCGUGAGAGGCUGAAACAGAGGACUUACAUAUGGGGUAGCAGGGUGUUGCACAACAAAGGUCUAGUUGAAAAAAUGGUAUUCAUCGUGAGAGGUGAGAUGGAGAGCAUUGGGGAAGACGGUUCUGUUCUUCCUUUAUCAGAAGGCGACGUUUGUGGUGAAGAACUUCUAACUUGGUGCCUUGAACGCUCUUCUAUAAACCCCGAUGGGACGAGGAUAACGAUGCCACCAAAGGGAUUGGUCAGCAACAGAAACGUUAGGUGUGUGACAAACGUGGAGGCGUUUUCGCUGAGUGUAGCUGAUCUUGAAGAUGUAACGAGCUUGUUUCCAAGAUUCUUAAGAAGCAAUCGAGUACAAGGAGCCAUAAGGUACGAGUCUCCUUAUUGGAGGUUACGAGCAGCUAUGCAGAUUCAAGUGGCUUGGAGAUACCGAAAGAGACAGCUCCAGAGAUUAUACACUGCUCAGUCCAGUUACAACCGCUGA